AUGGAGCUCGUCGAGGCGCAGGACGCCGUCUCCGUCUUCCUGCGGGAGCUGCUGGGCGGGAAGGAGUACAGCGAGACGGAGGCCACGCGCCUGCAGAUCCGGCGGCCGUCGCGGCUCAAGACGCUCUUCUCGCACAUCGUGGGCGUGCUGGACGAGGGCGAGCAGGUCCGCGCGCUCGAGGCGCUCAUCAGCCUCGUGCGCAGCAGCUGCGGCAACGUGGAGGCGUGCUCCACCGCCGGCCUGCAGCGCGAGAUCCUGGGCUUCCUGAGCGAGCGCGGCCUUUUCGCGGACCCGAGUCUGCCCCAUACAGUGCUCAAGAAGCUGCUGCGGCUCUUCCUGUACCUGGCCUACCACUCGGUGAGCAUCGACGACAUCCAGGCCAUGCUCGCGGUCUUCCGCAGCAUGCGCAUGGUGCACGAGGAGCCCGACGACCAGGCCGUGAGCUACUACCUGUCGACGCUCGAGAUGAUCGCGCGCGACUCGUUCGGGCCCGCGUCCUUCUUCGACCUCAACGGCGAGUUCUCGGGCCUGUUGAUGCCCGUGCUGCCGGCCUUCCCGAAUAAUGGCUACACCUUCUGCGCGUGGAUCAAGUUCGAGUUUUUGCCCGAAGAAGUCGCGCCGCUCUUCACGUUCUGCGGCAAGACGGGCGUGGGCAUCAUGUGCUCCUUCCUGCGCUCGUCGCUCAUGAUCACGAGCUUCGACAAGCGCAAGAACGACGGACACGUCGAGGUGCCCGACCUGGUCACGCCCGGACGGUGGCACUUCCUGUGUAUCACGCACACGCACCGCCAGUUCCGCGGAUCCAAGCUGGACGUGUAUCUCAACGGGGAAUUGCGCCAGAGCGUGCGCCUGGCGUACCCGAACACGGCGCUCAUGGCGCCCGUCGUGAAGGCGUAUCUGGCCAUGCGCGAGAGCAAUGGCUCCAACGCGCUGCGUAUUCUUCUCGGCCCCACGGCUCUGUUUGGACAGGCUCUACCGGCCAGCAUUAUCAACAAUAUUCGCAGCGUGGACGAGUAUGACGCGCUGGUGUUCCAGUUCAACUCGUACAUCUCGUCGUCGUCGACGUCAUCUGGUGGAGGAGUCAGUGGAGCGCCGGGAACGCCCGGAGGGUCGAAUACUACCGACGGACUGCUGCUUGCAUAUGAUGCCAGGCAUUGCGACCGACUAAAGGGAUUAUGCUACGAUUCUAGUGGUAAUGACUAUCACGCAGCUGCUGCAAGUGCUGGAGUUCGUUUGCGCCAUGCCGGGACGUUCAAGCAAGCGGUGGCGCAGUUAGGUGGACCGUUGGUAUGCCUUCCGUUGCUCGUGACGUCUACAACCGCUGCUGUCUCGACUGUGAAUGCUCCUGUUACAGAUUCCAAUGGAGAGCACGUAUCAGAGGCGUCCCCCGCGAUCAGGGACAGCCUGUCCGCCGCAAGUGGAGCUUUGACAACGCAGUUCGACGAGGAUUCGGACUUUCUAAAACAAAUGAGUGACCUGAUUGCACGUCCAAUGGGUGUCCACAGUAUCCCGAAAGUUGUGCUGCUGAUCGCCGAGAUCAUGCGCCAUUCGCUUGUCAACAAAUUUAUCUUUCGUCGCAGUCAAGGUGUGCGCCUCAUGGCUCUGCUGAUGCGUUCGCUUCCGCCGCAGUACCUGACGGCGGAUCUAUUGAUCGCAAUCGAGCGGUUACGCAGCGCUGUCAUCUCGGAUCGAAUUCUGGCGGACGAGAUCUACAAAUUCCUGCUGUUCAAUUUCCGCGUUUGGGUGAACGCGCCGGUGGAGCUGCAAGACACAAUGUUCGACAAGUUGGAGAUCAUGACGCGAAAGGACAGCAAGAACUUGUCUCCAGCUUCGACUCGCCACUUCUUGCGCUGUUUAUCGUGGAUUUAUUGGCGCGUUCCGUCGUCGACUACACUCCGGCGUGCCCGAGAGUUCUCCCCGGAUGAGAUUGAUGCGUUGCGGAAGCGCGUGCUGGCGAUGAUCCAGAUUGUACUAUGUGAAUCGCCCCCGCCGAAGGUUGCGGGGUCUGUUAUGGCUUUUCCUGGAAAGGGCAAAGAGGUGAAGUCCCAGUUGUCGUAUGAAAGCACGCGUUCUCUGAUCUUCUGCAUGAUUGGCAAGCCAAGCAAUCCCAUGAUCCCAGGAAUGAACAUCGAUGGAACGCCGGCGCUCCAGGAGGUUGGAACAUCCAAUGGGCCAUCCUCCUCCGCAACGGUAGCUUCGUCGUCAAGCUCGAAGAGUAUGCCCGAGAGUGACCUCGAUAGCGGCGGAUCCGUCAUCGAAAACGUACCUGAGACGGACUUGCCGGACCUGCUGCAGUUAUUGAUUGAGCUGUCGGUUCAACCCACAGCACCCGCUGGAAUGUUGGAUCUUUUUGGUCGCUUGGGCGGCCUCCGUAUCUGGCUGCCGCUGCUGGAGUUCUCGAACGAUGUUAUUCGAGUUAUGACGCUGCGACUGUUGCGAACCUACUUGUUCUUGAAGUGUGAGUGUACUCAAGACCGGGAAAUGGUGAACAAUCCGGACAAAGUGCAGCUUUCCGUGGGCGAUGCGUACUUGAUCAUGCAUUCGCUGAAGCCCGAAAAGCGGCCAGUUUCGAUGGGUGUGUACUCUGAAAUUUUGCUUAUGAUUCUCGGAAUUCAAGUGACUGAGAAGGACAUGAAGGCGCUGGAUGGUAAAACCGCGGCGUUUGAUGCUCUUAUUGACGAAAAUGUGCUGGCAACGGCGACGAUUUGGCACGGCAACAUGAUGUCUGCGUUCUUGGGCUUGGUACGUGCCAGCUCUGUCACUAUACGCAUGAUUGCUAUCCGCCAUUUGAAGAUUAUUUUCGCUUCUUCGACAAUGGCCAGUGCGAUCAACCGCCAUGUGCUGAUCUUUGGAAGUAUAUCCAAUAUGGGUGGCACCGCCACGGAGUCGUCCACCACGGAGCAGGUGCCGAUUAUCGAGGCCAUUCUUAGUCUGCGUGGUGACCCCCAGCGUCAGCAUGAAAUUACACCGUCUCCUCCACCAUCGCUGUUUGGUAUCGAGUUGCGUGGCUGCCCCGGUGUUCCCAUGAGCCGCCUGCGAGACAUGGUGCUGAAUACGCAGGAGCCGGACGAAGUUCGCGUGAACGCGCUCUACUCAAUCAUCACACAGGAUGACGUCGAUUUCGUGCGUGGUUUGCUUGCGUUGCACGGGGACGGAGACCGCAAGAAGCAAGGUGUGAGUGCCAGCUGCUUCAAUGACAUGUCGAGCCGUAUGAAGCUGGCCCUUGUGGAGUUGAUGUCCGUCUACCAGCCUAGCGGAUGCGUGGACUUCAUUACGCACAUGUCGUACGACGUUAUUUCUUCCAUGAUCUGUCUAGAGGUGAAGACGAACGAGAUGGCGUGGUUCUUAUUGCAGGAUCCAUUCACUACCCUUUCGCGCUUUAUCGCGUCCGCGGAGGAACUGGAAGUGGUCGUGGUGUCACUGCUCAAGACCACGCUGGACAAAAUGAACGAGAUGCUGUCAGCUGAAAUGAAUUUGCGUAUUAACGAAGGCACACCCUCGCGCGAAUCCAUCUUGUGGCGGAACGCUGAGAGUUUAGCUUCACUGGCGGCAGCUGUCGUGCUUCAUUACGACCCUGACACGCUGGGCGAAGUUGAUCCGAGCAAAUUAGUGAGUGCUCCGGCCACUGAGGAUGUGACGAAAAGCUUGGUCUUCUGGAAGUGUGAGCGCGCGAUUUGGCAUGAAGCCGAGCUGGUGGACUCCAUUCUAGGCAUUUGGCAGCACUUUGCAUCCCACUUUCACUCGGAUUCGGACGCCAGCUUUGCGCGGCGAUCUAGCAAUGCCCACAACCGCCGCGGCAGCACGCCUCCCCGUCCUAUGGAGUGCGGACUGCAAAGUCCUCCGCCGUCGGGAUCUUCGGCGCGUUCUAAUGCUGCGACGAGUAUGCUUGGAUUCGGCUUCAACUUGCUGCCUACCGGUGCUGCUGCAAGCGCACCUACUACCACUUCUCCGUCAACGCCGCUGUCUGGAGGAAGCAACAUUUCAGCUCGACCUCACCCUGGUGGCCCGAUGCGUCAAAUCUUGCAGCUGCUACUGCGGUGCCUGUAUCUCGUACUCAUCUCUGACGACGUUGAAGUGUCAACUAACGGUGAAGACAACGAAGCAGAAGAACUCUCGUCGGUGAAACUGCGCCUUCCGGCCAACUCGGUAUUUUUCGCGCGUAUCAACAAGCUUGAGUACUUUAUCAACGCGAUGGGUUUGGGCCACGAGAUCGCACAGUUCGACUCGUGCUUCGCUCCAUCUCGCUCAGGCUCUAACGGCAUGACGACGACGGCUGGACUAGUCACAGCUAGUGAAUGCGUGAAGGCUGCCCCCGGUGAUGAGACAACUCUGUUGCUCUGGCUGAUCCCGGAACUCUCGUCGCUGAUCGAUCGCGUACGGCGAAAGUGCUGGUCGGAGUCGGCGGUGAAGCUUGCGAGCAUCUUGGCCUCUUUGGUGUCUCUGCCGCUUCGUUCAUCGGACCAGCUGGCCGAACUGCUUGCUCGCAAUGAUUUUACCACGAACAACCAAGAGGUUCGCCGUCGCGAUUGCUUCUACCAUGAACAAAUGGCACAUGCUCGCGAUAUCCGAGCGAUGCGUCGUGCUGGCAUGUUCGAUGAGGAAGCCGACGAAAAGAAUCGGGCCAAGUGUGAACUCGAGCGAAUCAGCAAGUUCACCCGCUCUGCCACCUCGCUAGGUGCACCUUCCAGCGAAGGAGAGGACCACGUCUGGCUUGAGCGAGUAAAGGCCAAGGAUAUCGAUGACUGGAUGAAGCUGCGCGUGUUGGCCAAGUGGGGCGUUCGUCACGUGUGGGGAGUACGAGAGGAGUCUGUGGUAACCUCUGAUGAUGGUACCAUCGUUGGCCUGUGGGGUGACAACGAAUUCUGGCGCGUCGACAUUUACACGUCGAGCAACUGGAUCCGUUGCCGCCUGCUGCCGGACACGGACGAUACGAUUUCGCACAACUAUAGUGCCUCGGCAAGCCUGAAGCACGAGAUGCUUAACAACAUGACGGACGAGUUGGCUAUGCCCCCAGUGGAUUCAAUUGUCGUUGAUGAUGCGGCUCUGGCGACAUCGGCUGAAUCGGCGGAGCAAGCCUUCGAGGAAGAGGAGGAAGAAGACGACGAGGCUCGCACUGUCAGUAGUGGUGGAGAUGGAGAAGGAUCAGAAGCUACGGAGUCCGAGGAGCCGGGGUACGUGGGGUUAGCGCGGCGCAUUAGCGACGAAGGAUACCUGGAUGAUGACAGCGGCCCAACGACGUUGGAUGCUAGUGCAGGCAGUGAUAGUGGUGCACCACGCUCAAUGCUGCGCGACCGAAUGCACAGCAGCGACAGCGUUGGGGAGGUUGUUGAUGCGGCUUCACGCCUGGACGUCAUAGGCCAGAAUCCCGACCUCUUGUCAACCGCUCCCCCUGAUGUUAGCGAGAAUAUCGCUAGCACGGAUGACGCCACCAUCCGUGACCGCCGUGCGGUCUCCGUGGAUGUGGCGACGACUGUCAAGUCAGCAAAGGGUCGCAUCGGUACCAUAUCGACGAGGUUCUCGUCGGGUAUCAUGCGUCUAGCAGGAGCACGUCCAGCUACGUUGUCAACAUCGUCGAAUGGACCCGACGGCUCGGGACGCCUCUCGAAUGUUUCAGAAGAAGAUGAUGACGAGCAAGGUCCUCUGGAUUCAACGUCGCCGGACUCGGCAGGGGAGGAGGGCGCUGCGCCGCUAAGUAACGACGGAAGGAAACCCACCAGUCCGUCGGAUCGGAAUUCCUCAGGCCCAACUACGUCGUCGCGAAUGGUUAAGAAAUCCGGCAAGCACGACCAAUGGAAAUCGUUGGGGUCGCCAUACCGCACCAAGGCGUAUCUGGUGCUCCCGUCAGGUGUCUUGGUGCACGGUGUGCUGCGUAUCGGGGCAGCAACUAUUGUUUUUGAAGGUGAACGUGUGGUAACACUGCGAAGUAUUGCUGACGCGUUCAAGUCAAACGACGAUGGCGGUGUAGCUACACGACAGCGCAGCGCCCAGCGCCUGCACGAGACUUACGUCUCACAGCUCAAGCGUCGUGUGUGGGGCGUCCGCGUGAUCCGUGUAAUUCACCGACGACGCUUCCUCAUGGAAGGCCAAAACGGCCUCGAAAUCUACUUCGUGGAUGGCAGCUCGUGCUUCUUUGGACUUGAAAGCUACGGCGAGGCUGACCUCGUGUAUGCCACACUGAAGGAGCGGAAGCCGCCGUGCCUCGCCAAAUGGGGCAAGCGCUUAUUGACAGCCGAACGAAUGUUUUCCAAGAGCAAGUGGACGGAGAUGUGGGUGCGGCGUGAGAUCAGCAACUUCGAGUAUCUGAUGGCGCUGAACGUGUCAGCGGGCCGCUCCUACAACGACCCCUCUCAGUAUCCUGUGUUUCCGUGGGUGAUCAAGGACUAUGAAUCGGCGGAGCUUCGCUUGGACGAUGAAGAUAUCUACCGCGACUUGCGCCGGCCUAUCGGCGCACAGUCGCCGGAAGCUAUUCAGCGUGCGCGAGCUACGCACGAAGGAUGGGACCCGAAGACGCCGAUCCCAGCGUUCCACUACGCGAAUACGUACUCGAACAUGCAGUCCGUGUUGUACUUCUUGAUCCGACUCGCACCAUUUACGGGGGCUGUCCUCGGCAGCGAGGAGCAGCAGCUCCACCACAAGGCAGCCGGUGAGCCUACGUUUGACUCGGUGCCUGAAGCCUUCAAGAUGGUCACGAGCGACGAGCGUCACAUGUUCGAGCUGACGCCCGAGUUCUUCUACCUGCCGGAGCUGUUUUCAAGCGCUCGGAACAAGACGUUGGCUCGCCACUUUACCCCAGGACAAGAUGUGAGUGCGACGGCGGGUCUAGCGCGUGAUGUGACGCUACCUCCGUGGGCUGCGUCGCCGUACGAAUUCGUGCGCCUACAUCGCCUAGCGCUCGAGAGCGACUUCGUAUCCAACAACCUCCACCACUGGAUCGACCUCAUUUUCGGAUACAAGCAAACUGGCGCGCCCGCCGUGGACGCGCUGAACUCGUACCACAUUGCGUGCUACCCAGAGCGUUUGGAUCUCAGCACCUCGAGCGAUGGAGUGCGUGCCAAGCUGGUUCAGCGCGGCACAGUUCCGAUUCAGCUCUUCCGCAAGCCUCACCCUGCACGCAUGACGCAGGACGAAUCAUUGGAGGCGCGAUACCCGGCAUCGCACAGCAUGGCUGUUCUGUCUUCGCGCCGACAGGUGCGUCGUCAUGACCUUCCAUCCAAGCAUACCGCUGCCGUCAAGAGCGUGCGCUUCUCAAAUGCUCUGAACCAUGCCGUGGCACUCACUGCGCUGACUGGUUCGACCCCUGGGCUUGGAAGUGGAACGGGCAUGGGAGCUCACAGCACCGGCAGCAACGAUCAUGGAGUCGUUGUGUACACUACAGACAGUGAUGGUGUGGUGCUGGCGAAGCGCUAUCUGAACUCGGUCCCCGAUACUGUGCGUUCCUGCCCGUUUUCGAUGGUGGAUGUGGACCAAUGGUGGAAGCUUCCUGCAGGCUGUCUGGUGAAUGAGGGUGUGGUGUUCUACGAGCAAAUGAUCAGUUGCGGCUACUGGGAUGGCAGCUGGCGUAUCCACUGGGCCGCCGACGGCGAGCUCCUGCAGCGGAUCGCCUUCCACAAGAAGCCUAUUCUUUGUAUGGCGCGCAGUGAAGACGACUUUACUGGUGAUCUGGCAUUGGCCUUUGGCAGCGAAGACUGCACCGUGUCAGUCUGGGCGCUGUCAAAGCUCUCGGCGUCUCGUUCGCGACGGCUCUUCCUCAAAAAGGAGCUGCCUGUGGGCGGACUUCCUUGGGUUCUCUUGGUUGGCCACACGAGUCCUGUCGUCGCUGUGGCUCUCAACGUGGACUUGGACGUGGUAGUAAGCGCCUCGAAGGACAACACACUUCUGCUGCACUCGCUUCGUGGCUCGACUCCACUUCACGCUUUGGCUCUUACGCCGGGACCAAUGGAGACUUCAGCUGUCGCUCACAUGGUCAUCUCGGCGCAGGGCGACACCCUCGUGCACUCCAUUACCACGCGCAAGACCCAACGCAGUGGCCGCUAUUCUCGCGCCAACUCGCUUUUCUCCGACGACAAGGCUAGACUAACCGUCGGUGAAAAUGGCGGCGGCAACAGCAGUAUGGUGGCGGGUGGCUUGUCCAGUAGUGGAUAUGUAGCCACGAACGAUGACCAGGAGGAGCGUCAACGCGAUGACCAACAAUCCGAGCUGUACGUGGUCUCCAUUAAUGGGCAUGUCGUCUCCCACGAUAAGCUGGUUGUGGGAGGCGAAGGUGAGGAGGUGACUGAGGGUGAGGGCAGCAGACCCCCAGCGCCACACCUGCUGCUUGAGCGCGGUGUAUUGUUUACACGCUCGGGUGAGUACUUGAUCACGGCGUGUGCUGGUGCCGACGCAGCCAUCGAG